UCCUCCGCCAGAGGGCGGCUCACUCGCUGACAGCUCGGGAGACCUCAGUGACAGAUUCCCCGUUGAUCUUAACCUGCUGUUAAAUUCAGCGAACAAACUAAAAUCGGAUCACAACGCGUUGACAAUCUAUCCUAAACGACAUUUUUAAUUUAACUCGCUUGGAUUGUUUGGUCUGAUUUGCACCCUCCGCCCCCUGUCCCCGGUGCAGCGUGGUGGGUGGUGCCGGGCCGGAGCUGUCGCCGCUGGGAGGGGGCCUGAACUGAGGCCGAGGCCGAGGCCUGGGCCGUUGACGGUUCGGUUGGUAUUUGGAGGUGAACCUUCAAACCGGUGAGGAGGAGGAGGCAGAGGCAGGUGUAGGGGAGAAGAUGGCUGGUGCGAGUGGUAACGUCGCGCAGAAGACUUGGGAGCUGGCGAAUAACAUGCAAGAAGUUCAGAGCAUCGAUGAAAUCUACAAAUACGACAAAAAACAACAGCAGGAAAUCCUCGCGGCGAAACCCUGGACUAAGGAUCAUCAUUACUUCAAAUACUGCAAAAUCUCAGCUCUUGCACUUUUGAAGAUGGUGAUGCAUGCCAGAUCAGGUGGAAAUCUGGAAGUGAUGGGGUUAAUGUUGGGUAAAGUGGAUGGUGAAACAAUGAUCAUAAUGGACAGUUUUGCUCUCCCUGUGGAAGGAACGGAAACAAGAGUCAAUGCUCAGGCUGCUGCAUAUGAAUAUAUGGCUGCCUAUAUAGAGAAUGCUAAACAGGUUGGACGUCUUGAAAAUGCAAUUGGCUGGUAUCAUAGUCAUCCAGGUUAUGGAUGCUGGCUUUCAGGAAUCGAUGUUAGUACUCAGAUGUUAAAUCAACAGUUUCAGGAACCAUUUGUAGCAGUUGUGAUUGACCCAACAAGAACUAUAUCUGCUGGAAAAGUAAACCUAGGGGCAUUCAGGACAUAUCCUAAGGGUUAUAAACCACCUGAUGAAGGUCCUUCAGAAUACCAGACUAUUCCACUUAACAAAAUAGAAGACUUUGGAGUACACUGCAAACAGUAUUAUGCCCUUGAAGUUACUUAUUUUAAAUCAUCUUUGGAUCGUAAGCUACUUGAACUUCUGUGGAACAAGUAUUGGGUGAACACACUUAGUUCAUCAAGUUUGCUAACAAAUGCUGAUUACACCACAGGACAAGUCUUUGACUUGUCUGAAAAGUUGGAACAGUCAGAGGCUCAGCUUGGUCGAGGCAGUUUCAUGCUUGGUUUGGACACCCAUGAUAGAAAAUCUGAAGAUAAGUUAGCCAAAGCUACACGAGACAGCUGCAAGACUACCAUAGAAGCAAUACAUGGCUUGAUGUCCCAAGUUAUUAAGGAUAAACUCUUCAAUCAGAUCAAUGUACCUUCUGCUUAAUUUCUGGCAAUCUACCUUCUCUGUCUGGCAAAGAAAACACCUUGCAGAAUGUGUGUGUGGUGCAUGAAGAGACUCCUUUCAAUUAAAAAAAAUUAAAACAGACAGCAUCUGUAAUUAGAUCCCAAGGUUCUGGUGACACAUAGAGAACUACUGGUUGUUUUCUUGGAUUUUGUCAUCUUGACUGUCUUAAUUCUAAACAAUAUUGCUGAAGUUUCAUUAAAUGGCAGUUUAUCUGACCACCUUGCUUCAUUAAUGGUAAACCCACUCUUUAUUGAAGCAUCAGACAUCCAAAAUAAGAAAUAAUUCAUGAUGGAACUUCUAAAAAUAGAAAAGUGUGAACAGUGAGUGCUUUGAUGUGUUAUUAAAACAAGUUAAUAUACAA